AUCAUAGAAGACACAAUUCUUCAUUGCAAAAUAUCUGUCUAUUUUUGCAUUAGAUGCAUAAUCAAAUUUAUGUCCAUUUAGAGGAUAUUACUUUAGAUAGGAUUUUUUUUGCAAACACAAUAAUAUCACAACGGAAAGAAAUAAAACUUGGUAUAGAUCAACUAUGAAACGUGAACUAGAAUUUGCCAAAAAACAAUAUUUUAUCCAUUAAAUAUUUUUUGAGAUAUCGGGAAAAGACGAUCGUAUAUUAGAUGUUCGAUCAAUUUUAGAUUCUCUGAACUUCGAUUGAAUGUAAAAAUCCAAGUUCCCUUUGGUUACAAAUCUCAUCCUUACUGCUACGCUGUGUGCAUAUGUGUCAUACUAUAUUCUAUUUGUCAAAAUUUUGAAAAAAUUCUCUAUCAAGGAUUUCUAAGUUUUGAUGUUUUGACUUCAAUAGUCAAACAUCUAUUCAUAUAAAAUAAUCUUUGAACUUGUUCGAAUCAGAGAUGAGCACGAAGCUUUCUGAUUUCACUUGAAGAAUCAGAUAUGUUUUAUGGAACGAGAAAGUAAAACAACAUUGUUCUUUUUCAUUUUGUAGAGAACUUUUUUCCCUUCAAAGCAAGGCUACUGUGACUCCUGUGUAUCUUUUGUAGCCUGAGAGAGCGAAUACAAACUUCGCUAUCAGAGUCAAUCUCUAUAUGCAGUGUAAUUACAUUCUAAUUUGGACGCCAAUAAUCAUGUAAUUUUUAGAAACUAUCUUAUUUUAUAAAGAAAAUAUUUUUUCUCAUUUUUUUUCCUGAAAAAUAUUCGAUUCUGCAAUCGAGAGCACAAAAGUUCCGUACAUAUCUCUAGUUCGAAUCUACAUUUUACGAUUAUUUUAUUUGUUUUUGUUGACUUUAAACUGAACUAUUUGAGUGAGAAAAAUUCUUAAAAUAGAAUUGUUCAGUAAAUAAAAUCUUAUUUAUAACACUUACUUACAGAAAUAAAAAAAACAAGCCAUAUGCUCGCCAUUUACAAAAUCAAAAGUAUUGAAAAUUGACCAUACGAUGAUAUGAGAGGUCAGAAUUUCGGAUCAGACCCAAAUUCUUCUCAUUAAUCAGCAUAAACAGUCUUAUUUCUAUGAAUACUUAGUACACUACAUAGUGGGUAGAAUUUACACGUAAUAAAAAUGUCGAAAAAUUAGUAACAUUUAUGAAGAACAAUUAUUUAGUUAAAAGUUAAUCAGAUGAGCAUUACUUAGUAAUCAUCUUGAGUGCUCCACUUUAUAUGUUAACACUAAAUUACAUACAAGUAAUGAUUAUCUCAAAAGACUACACCACUUCUAAUAGGAUCAAAAGCAGACUGCUCAAUAUUAUAUCGUUCUGCUGGGUAUUACAGAGUGAGAUUCUGGAAUUUCGCAUCGAUCGGAAAUUCAUCUAACUCGAUGAUAUGUUCUGUAGUAAUCUUGACUGAACUCAAACAGAAUGGGAUAUUUGUCUACUUAACAGUAAAGAAGACUGAGAAAAGGAUGCUUUUGAUUUGAAAUAAAACCGAUUUUUUACUCAUACUUAAAAAAAAGUACAUUGAAGAAUACAUUUUAAAGUUUUUUUUUUUUUUUUUGUUUAGUAAUAUUCGAUACAAUUGAUUUACUUCUACUUCUUUGUACUGAUUCAAAAUCACUUCGUACAUUUCUAAAACAAUUAAGUAAUGAUACAUGGUUUCAUUUAUUUUAUCAAUUAACACAACAAUGUAAUGAUGGUCUUGGUUCAUCAAUAAAUUCAAGCAAUAUACAUCUUCCACUUACACCAACAUUUGAUUUAAAAACAAUGGAAAAAUUAGGAAUCUUAUUUGAAAAACUUUCAGAAUUAACAGAAAAUCGUCGAUUAUUUUCUAAAUAUAAUUUUUUAUAUAUAUUUAAAGAAUGGAAACAAAAAUUUGUUAAUGAUAGUCCUUUUCUUGUACUUAAUAUGAAAUCAACAUUAUUAAAUUUAGAACAAUAA